UGGCGACUACUCGGUGACGUUGAGGCCGCGUUGGGUGGUUUGGGCUCAAGAGUGAUGGCAGGAGAGCUGGCUGAUAAGAAGGACCGUGAUGCAUCACCUUCCAAGGAGGAAAGGAAGCGAUCUCGGACUCCUGACAGAGACCGCGAUAGAGACCGAGACCGGAAGUCUUCCCCAUCUAAAGACAGGAAACGGCAUCAUUCAAGGGAUAGGCGUAGAGGAAUCAGCUGUUCUUGCUCCCGUUCCCGAUCCAAGUCUACGGAAAGAGAUUGUCGGCACAAAGAGUGAGAGCGAGAUAAGGAACGAGAUCAGAAUGAGAAAGACCGAGACCGGGAUAAGGAUGGGCACCGAAGGGACAAGGACCGCAAGCGAUCCAGUUUAUCUCCUGGCCGAGGAAAAGAUUUUAAAUCUCGGAAAGACAGAGACUCUAGAAAGGAUGAAGAGGAUGAACAUGGUGAUAAGAAGCCUAAGGCCCAGCCAUUAUCCCUGGAGGAACUUCUGGCCAAGAAAAAGGCCGAGGAGGAAGCCGAGGCCAAGCCCAAGUUCCUCUCCAAAGCAAAACGGGAGGCUGAAGCCCUGAAGUGAUGGCAACAGGAGGUGGAGGAGCGGCAGAGGAUGCUUGAAGAAGAGAGGAAGAAAAGGAAACAGUUCCAAGACUUGGGCCGGAAAAUGUUGGAAGACCCUCAGGAACAGGAACGUCGGGAGCGCAGGGAGAGGAUGGAGAGAGAGACCAAUGGGAAUGAAGAUGAGGAAGGGCGGCAGAAGAUCCGGGAGGAGAAGGAUAAGAGCAAGGAGCUGCACGCCAUUAAGGAGCGUUACCUCGGUGGCAUCAAGAAGCGGCGCCGGACAAGGCAUCUCAACGACCGCAAGUUUGUCUUUGAGUGGGAUGCGUCUGAGGACACUUCCAUCGACUACAACCCCUUGUACAAACAACGGCACCAGGUACAGUUGUUGAGGCGAGGCUUCAUUGCAGGCAUUGACCUGAAGCAGCAGAAACGAGAGCAGUCACGUUUCUAUGGAGACCUAAUGGAGAAGAAGCGGACACUGGAAGAAAAGGAGCAGGAGGAGGCAAGACUCCGCAAACUUCGGAAGAAGGAAGCCAAGCAACGCUGGGAUGAUCGGCAUUGGUCCCAGAAAAAGUUGGAUGAGAUGACAGACAGGGACUGGCGGAUCUUCCGAGAGGACUACAGCAUCACCACCAAAGGUGGCAAGAUCCCCAAUCCCAUCCGAUCCUGGAAAGACUCUUCUCUGCCUCCACACAUCUUGGAGGUCAUCGAUAAGUGUGGCUACAAGGAGCCAACACCUAUCCAGUGUCAGGCAAUCCCCAUUGGGCUACAGAAUCGUGACAUCAUUGGAGUGGCUGAGACUGCCAGCGGCAAGACAGCAGCCUUCCUCAUCCCGUUGCUAGUCUGGAUUACCACUCUCCCCAAAAUUGACAGGAUCGAAGAGUCCGACCAGGGCCCUUACGCUAUCAUCCUGGCCCCCACUCGUGAGCUGGCACAGCAGAUUGAGGAAGAGACCAUCAAGUUUGGGAAGCCGCUGGGCAUCCGCACCGUGGCCGUCAUCGGCGGCAUCUCCAGGGAAGACCAGGGCUUCCGGCUGCGCAUGGGCUGUGAGAUAGUGAUUGCUACCCCGGGACGUCUGAUCGAUGUGCUAGAGAACCGCUACCUGGUGCUGAGCCGCUGUACCUAUGUGGUUCUAGACGAGGCAGACAGGAUGAUUGACAUGGGCUUUGAGCCAGACGUCCAGAAGAUCCUGGAGCACAUGCCUGUCAGCAAUCAGAAGCCGGACACAGAUGAGGCUGAGGACCCUGAGAAGAUGCUGGCCAACUUUGAGUCAGGAAAACACAAGUACCGCCAAACAGUCAUGUUCACGGCCACCAUGCCCCCAGCGGUAGAGCGUCUGGCCUGGAGCUAUCUUCAGCGACCUGCUGUGGUAUACAUUGGUUCCGCAGGCAAGCCUCAUGAACGUGUGGAACAGAAAGUCUUCCUCAUGUCAGAGUCCAAAAAGAGGAAAAAGCUGCUGGCAAUCUUGGAGCAAGGCUUUGAUCCACCCAUCAUCAUUUUUGUCCACCAGAAGAAGGGCUGUGAUGUUUUGGCCAAAUCCCUGGAGAAGAUGGGGUACAACGCUUGUAUGCUGCACGGUGGAAAAGGCCAGGAGCAGCAAGAGUUUGCACUAUCCAACCUCAAGGCUGGGGCCAAGGAUAUUUUGGUGGCUACAAAUGUGGCGGGUCGUGGUAUCGACACACAAGAUAUAUCUAUGGUCGUCAACUAUGACAUGGCCAAGAACAUUGAGGAUUACAUCCACCGCAUUGGCUGCACGGGACGAGCAGGCAAGAGUGGUGUGGCCAUCACCUUCCUCACCAAAGAGGAUUCUGCUGUGUUCUAUGAGCUGAAGCAAGCCAUUCUGGAGAGCCCAGUAUCCUCCUGCCCGCCAGAGCUAGCCAACCAUCCUGACGCCCAGCACAAACCAGGCACCAUCCUCACCAAGAAGUGCCGGGAAGAGACCAUCUUUGCCUGA